AUGGAAUUCAAGCUCGAGACGACCUCGUCCAUCCACUCAGCCCUUGGGCCGUUGAUGGGUCAUCUAGCUUCGAGUUUCCAGCAGACUGGGACGCUGGAGGACCGGCGGAUUCCCGCCCUGGUUGCCACCACCGCCAGAAUGAAAAGAUAUCCAGCCAAUCCUCCGACUGGCGACUCCUGGCUGAUCUACGCGACUAGCUCUCCCUGA